AUGAACACGACAACAUCGCCUACCUACGACAACUUACCAUUCUCGGCAAAAUUGUGGCUUUCCUUGCUUCUCAUUUUACUCAACGUGUUUACAGUUGUAGCCAAUCUUCUCGUAAUUGGAAUAGUUUUGGCAAACCAUCGUCUACGGAAAUGUACUAACUAUUUAGUAGUCAACCUAAGUUGUGCAGACUUACUGUUUGCAUGUACAUCAUUUCCAUUCGUUAUAGGUUCGUUUGUGAACAAUAAACAGAGCACAGACUUCAACCUUUGCCAGUUUGUCGGAUUCUCGGACUCAUUUUACGCCACGUCCGCAUCAUUCUCUGUGGCAAUUAUCGCGUACGAACGGUAUUACUCCAUAAUUCACUGUCUCCACUAUGAACAGUCCAUGAUGAAUCGGAACACAAAACCUGUUAUUGUAGCGGUCUGGAUAGCUUCGUUGCUAAUAUCUUUAGCACCGUUACUUAAAUGGGGAGGUUUCGGUUACGAACGAUAUCAGUACAAGUGCACUUUAAGUUUAACAUACGAUAAGGGCUAUUUCUUCCUGAAAAUCAUUGUGACAUUUCUUAUCCCUCUGACCGUUAUGUUGGUUUGUUAUAACUGGAUAUUCCUGGUUGCAAAACGACACGCCGCAAGUAUCACUAACAUCGAAAUUCGCGUUCAAAAUGACGUUGUCCAUGGCAUGCAACGAAAUAAAUUAAACAAGAAGCACCAUACGGGAUCUGUCUUUAUCACAAUAGUGGUUUACAUCGUUUGUUGGCUUCCAAUAAACAUUCUGUAUCUUGUACGAAAUCUCAAACCAUCAAUAACGAUUCCCGGCGCAGCCCUUACUGCCAGUUGUAUGUUAUCGUUACUGUCAAGUGGUGUCAACCCGAUCGUAUACGCUUUAUGCACAGGGAAAUUUCGAAAAGGAAUUACACGAUUAUGUAACAAAAUGAGGUCUCGGAAAAGAUCAGUGGCACCCUGCAAGAGGAACUCCCCUGGGACAUGGACAUUGUCAAGUGCUCGUUUCUCAAGACGUGGUUCAACGUCACAUGCGAAAUUCUUCUACAGAAGCGAGAAUAACGUGGAUAAAACAAUUGAGCUGGAUACAGCCGCUAAACAGACUGGCGUUCUGUUGGAUGUGCAAAACCUGGAAAAAGGUCCACGUCUUUUAAGUCCGAUUGAAAUUAACGACAACUUUUUGACCGUUUCAAAACGAACAUCUCCAACAGAAACCAAGCCAAGAUAUCCAGAAACUGACAGUACUAACAAUCCUUGUCACAACAACUAA